CUCAAUUCGAACAUUAAAUAAUAAUUUUUGUGUUUUUAUUAAAAAUGCUUUGAAUUUGUCACUGGUGAUUUUCGUGUUAUCAGGUUGGGUGUGAGUGGUUUGUCGGCAAAAUGGCGUCGUCAAUGGUGUAAAAGUGUUGUGUUUGUGUAUUUUUAAAGAAUCUCAUUUAAAAUAGAUCUGUUUUUUAAUUAGUGUAGUGAAAAAUGGCUCUUCCAGCCAAUUACAAGCAAGUAGCGAUGCAAAUGCCUAGCCCCCAAACAAACCAUUUGCUGUCGGCAGGCCUGCCCAUGACUUUCAACAUAUUGAAAGAGCGUUUGAGAGCGUCUGGUGGUUCAGGAUCUGGAUCAAAUUUGUUUUUACAGAAAGAAACAAGUCCGUUUGUAACAACGCCGAAUGGCCACCCUGGUUUUUUACCACAAAAAGUGGGAAAGAGUUCGUCGAACGAUUCACGGACCCCUAAGCCCCCCAAAGCCCCCGAGAAGCCUCUCAUGCCCUACAUGAGAUACAGUCGAAAAGUUUGGGAUACGGUGAAAGCUCAAAAUCCAGAUUUGAAAUUAUGGGAAAUCGGAAAAAUCAUCGGUCAAAUGUGGAGAGACCUUCCCGAGGACGAAAAAAACGAAUUUGUUGAAGAAUACGAAAGUGAAAAGUUAGAGUAUGAAAAAACCCUGAAAACUUACCACAACUCGCCGGCUUAUCAGGCAUUCAUCGCUGCUAAAAAUCGAGGUAAAAGUGGUAAGUUUUCUUUCAGAAAUGAAAAUUUUUUUGUAAUAAAAAUUCUAGGUAAUGAUAGUGACUCGCAUGACCGGAGUAGUUCGUCAUCUAAACAACAAGGCGUCGAUCGACGGAUCGAAAUUCAAGCUGCCGAAGACGAAGAUGACCAAGACGACGGCUAUUCGGUCAAGCACGUCUCCUACGGCCGCUUCCUGCGCAACCACCGCCUCAUCAACGAGAUUUUCUCCGAUACUGUGGUCCCCGAUGUGCGAUCUGUCGUCACCACAGGUCGCAUGCAAGUCCUUAAACGUCAAGUUCAAUCCUUAACAAUGCAUCAGAAAAAACUCGAAGCCGAAUUGCAACAAAUCGAAGAACGAUUUGAAGCGAAAAAACGCAAAUUUAUCGAAAGUAGUGAACAAUUUCAAGAGGAACUUAAAAAACAUUGUAAACCGGCCGUCGAUGAAGAAACAUUUCAAAAAAUGGUCGAACGACAAUACGAUUUAUUGAAAAAGGAAAGAAUGAAAAGUCUCGAAGAACAGAAACCGAAACCGGAAGAAAAUGGUACGGCCACGCCCACCGAAUUGGCGGCGGCCAAUACGCAAUCGGAACAACCGACACAGCCCACACAAGAGGGACAGCCCCAAUCUGAGCCGUUAGUGCUCCACUGCAUCCAGCCAAUGGAGCAAGACGAAAAGGCCGACAAUCCAUCUCCGCCGCCGCCCCCAGAAAACAAAGAAACUCCCGAUCAUAAACCGCCCCCACCGGAACAGCAGCCCCCAAUUGAGCACAUGCCGCCCCCCAUGCACCACCACAUGCCUCCAGCACCGAAUAUGAUGCCACCUGGACAAGUCCCCUAUCAACAGUACCCCCAAAAUAGCCCCCAGACUGUUCCUCUGCCUCCCCGCCCCCCACAUCCGGCUUAUGCAUACCCCCAACAACAAGGGUACUACUCCCCGCAAUACCCCCCUCACACUUACUACCAUCAGCCUUAUCCGCAGUACCAUAGACCGCAUUUGUACCCACCUCAUGGGCCGGUGCCUGAUGGACCACCGAAUUCGGAGGGUCAUGGCCCGGCACCCAUUUAUGGGGGCCCUGCACCCGCCGAAGCUGAAAGGGUGCAACCGACAGCGGAAGAGGAAACGACUAAACAUGAGGGCAGCACUGAAGUUCAUGCACCAGAAAAGGACAAGAAAGAAGGGGAAUAAAUGGAUUUUUUUGGUUAUUUUUGCAAUAAAUUGGAGUGGAGGUAA